CGCGCAGAGAUCUCUGGGAAAUAGAGUCCGACGUGCUUAAUAAUUCAAGACCUGAUUAUUCAUUACUUAACCGCCGCUCACAAAAUGCCGGCCGUACACCACAAACUACUCCUGGAGGACGCUUUGCAGGACAGUCCCCAGACUCGUUCCUUGCUCAGCGUGUUUGAGGAGGAUGCAGCCAACCUCACGGACUACACCAACCAGCUGCUGCAGUCCAUGCAGCGUGUCUACGGAGCUCAGAGCGAGAUGGGUUUGGCCACAGAGCAGCUCUCACGCCAGCUUCUUGCCUAUGAAAAGAAAAAUUUUGCCCUCGGCAAAGGUGAUGAAGAAGUGGUCUCCACGCUGCAGAACUUUGCCAAAACUGUGCAGGAGCUGAACUCGCUGCACUCGGAUCUCGCCAAUCAGAUGGCGGACACCAUGGUCUUCCCCUUGAUCCAGUUCAGAGAAAAAGAUCUGACGGAGAUAAGCACGCUGAAGGAAAUCUACGGCAUCGCCACCGACGAGCACGAGGCAGCCAUGGUCAAGUACAGCCGCUUACCCAAAAAGAGGGAAAAUGAAAAGCUGAAGGCCGACAUGGUGAGGGAGGUGGCGUACACGCGCCGGAAGCAGCACCAGGCCUCACUGCAGUAUUACUGCGCCCUCAAUGCCCUGCAGUACCGCAAGAGGGUGGCCAUGUUGGAACCCAUGCUAGGCUACACGCAAGCGCAGGUUCUUUUCUUCAAGAAAGGCCUGGAGUUGGUGUCGAGGAAGCUGGACAACUUUCUGGUCUCGGUGUCGAACGUGACGCAAAACAUCCAGGCUCAACUGGACGCCGAGGCCGAGGCCAUGCGCAUGACCCAGAAGGAGCUGCUGUCCGUGGACGAAGCCGUCUACACGCUGGAUAAGGACGGCGAGCCGGUCAACCGCACACUCAUCCAGAAAGCUGGUUUUCUCAACAUCAGGAACAAAACCGGCCUGGUGACCACAGCGUGGGACCGCCUCUACUUCUUCACUCAGGGGGGCAACCUCAUGUGUCAGCCAAGGGGGGCUGUGGCAGGGGGCAUGGUGCUGGACCUGGACAACAGCUCGGUCAUGGCCAUCGAGUGCGAAGACAGACAUUACUGCUUCCAAAUCACCUCCCCCACCGGAAAAGCGUCAAUGAUCCUGCAAGCGGAGAGCAAGAAGGAAUAUGAAGAGUGGAUUUGCACCAUCAACAACAUCUCCAGACAGAUCUACCUGACUGACAACCCGGAGGCUGUGGCCAUCCGGUUGAACCAAACCGCCAUCCAAGCCGUCACGCCAGUCACCAGCUUUGAAAAGAGGCAGGAAGGCUCGCCCGACCCUGACAGGGCCAAACCAGGGGGUGUUUUCUCCACCAGCACCGCCUCCCAGAAGUCCGGAGCCGGUCCGGAGCCGGAAGACCUGAUUGCCCCCGGGACGCCCAUCCAGUUCGACAUCGUGCUGCCCGCCUCUGAAUUCCUGGAACAGAACCGAGUGGACGGGAAACGCACUAAUCCAUUUGGCGAAACGGAUGACGACUGUUGCCAUGAAAGCGACGACUCCCUCUUGCAGCAGGUGUUUGCCGUGCGUUUCCUGGGCUCCAUGGCGGUGCGCUGCGGCGACAACCAGGAGGUGAUCUACGAGGCCAUGAGGCAAGUGCUCGCUGCCCGGGCCAUCCACAACAUCUUCAGGACUACAGAGUCGCACCUGAUGGUGACCAGCAGCAACCUGAGGCUGAUAGACCCUCAGACUCAAGUCACAAGAAUAAACUUCCAGCUGGGGGAGAUGUGUCAGUUUGCGGCCCACCAGGAGAACAGCAGGCUGAUGGGCUUUGUGGUGGAAGGCCGCGACUGGAGCGGCGGCGGUGGCCACGACGAAGGUGGCGAACCCUCCUUUACCGCCUUUGUCUUUGAGAGCAACACAGAGGGAGAGAAGAUAUGCUACACCAUGAGUUUGGCCAAGGAUAUUACAGAGGCCAAGAAGGACCCCGCGGCUCUGGCCCAGCUGAUGAAGAACAUGCCGCUCACCAACGACGGCAAAUUCCUGCUGCUGGAUGCCGAGAACAGCGACACGGCCGACGGGGACGGACUAGACGAUCUGGAGUCGGAGGCCUAGUAACCCCACAACCCACCCACGUCUUUACCACAUCAACCGGGACCGGAUUUGAUCCCAAAGUGGUUUUCCACUGUUGGAACUUCACAAUGGUACUUUCCAGGUGUCACCAUACUGAUGUCUUUUUUUUUUUUUUGGUUCUGCUUGAAGCCCUGCUUGGUAAAAGUGCAAUCCAGUUUAAACAGGAAUUUCGAGAGCAAGUUACAUAAUUGUAGUUGGCUUUCUUUCAAACUGAACUUGAGUAUGUACGGUCACCUCAGCUCAACAAUGCAGCAACUCAUUUAAAAAGUUUAUUUCAUUCCCUCUCGGAAGUAUUUAAAAAAACUUCUUAAAAUAUAUAACACCUCUCAACGGUAUAGUUUAACAACUUUAUAAAUUCCAACGUUAUUUUUUUCUUAGAAUUUUUUUUCUUGCAUCUUUAAUGAAUAACAUUACAAACUACUUUUUUUUUUCAUUAGACAUGAACACAAUUAUCAAUUUUAUAUCUGGACUACUAGACACGUUAAAGCUGCUGUUCACCUCCUAGUGGUGAAUAUUAGUAUAGCAUCCAUCAGAUAUUCAAGCACUUGAGAAAAAAUGGUGACGGUCCUUUGCAUAGGUUUACAGAUAUUUUUUACUUUUAUUGUUUCUUGCUUACGUGUGUUCAUUUUACUACAGUGGUAUCGUGACUUUGGAGUUUAAUUAAUUGUGUUUAGUACUCAAAAAGUAAAUCAUUUGAAAUGAAUUUAAAUGCCAUUAAUCUGCUUUAGGUCAAGGUACCACUGUAUUUGAACAUUUUCUCUCAUGUACAUUUUGCACACACAAUAAAAAGGGUUAAAUCUGUGUUGUAAAAAUCGACUUUGAAGGCUACAGAUUGCACUAAUGAAUGAAUUAAACAUUCCAUAGUUUGCCUCAUUGAAUCUUGCAUGUGACCUCCGGAAAAUGAAACAUUUGGAUUGUGGUGUAACAUUCUGUCUUUAUUUUGUAGAACUCUCUUCAACGUGAUCUGUAUGUCAGAUCUCCUGUGUGCUGUUGACAGAUUAAAAACAAUAAGAUCAGUA